AAAAACCAAACCAAAGCUGGCUUGUGCCUAGUAAGUACAAGUCUAUAAUACAACACGAGUACUGAGCUGCUUACUCAAACUCAAUCCACCAUGACACCUCAAACGGACACCCUCUGGGUUUUCGCUCUAGCUUUCAAAUCCCAACCCUUCACUCCACUCAAUUUCCUAUGCUGCCUCUUUCUAACUGCUUUGUUUUUCCUAGUCUUGUCCUUGAUUUACUGGGCUCACCCCGGUGGUCACGCUUGGGGCAAGCACAGGUUCAGAAAAGGCUUGUUGACCAUGAAGCCUAUGGGCAACCCCAUCCCCGGUCCGAGAGGGGUCCCGGUGAUAGGCAGCAUGUACCUCAUGUCUGGUCUGGCCCACCACCGGCUCGCAGACGCAGCCGAGAAAUGCAACGCCAAGCGCUUGAUGGCUUUCAGCUUAGGGGAAACGAGAGUUAUCGUUGCGUGCAAUCCAGACGUAGCGAAAGAGAUUCUAAACAGCCCGGUUUUCGCUUAUCGUCCGGUCAAGGAGUCGGCUUUUGGCCUCAUGUUCAACAGGUCUAUCGGGUUCUCCCCUUACGGAAUUUACUGGCGUACCCUCCGGCGAAUCGCGGCCACUCACCUAUUCAGUUUGAAGCAAAUCAAAGCCUCCGAGAGCCAAAGGUUUAAUAUUGCUCAACAGAUGGUGAAAAUGUUGGGUGCUGCCGACGCUGGGGUUGUACGCGUCCGCGAUGUACUCAAGCGGGCCUCGCUCGACAACAUGAUGUGCUCGGUCUUCGGGCGGAGUUACGGACUCGGGUCGAAUACUCCGGAAACCGAGGAGCUGAUGAAGUUAGUUGACGAAGGGUAUGACCUCCUGGGAAUACUCAACUGGUCCGACCAUUUGCCUUGGUUGGGUGAUUUUGACCUGCAGAAGGUUCGGGUCAGGUGCUCCGAACUCGUCCCGAAAGUGAACCGGUUCGUGGGCCGAAUCAUAGCAGAGCACCGGGAGAGGCCGGGCCAUGGAAGCGAUUUCGUCGACGUUUUGAUCUCCCUGCAAGGACCCGAUAGACUUUCGGACUCGGACAUGAUUGCUGUUCUUUGGGAGAUGAUAUUUAGAGGAAGUGAUACGGUGGCGGUUCUGAUAGAGUGGAUAUUGGCAAGAAUAGUGCUUCAUCCCAAUGUCCAAUCAAGGGUCCACGAUGAGCUAGACAGAGUCGUCGGCCAAUCACGUGCCAUAUCGGAGAAUGAUAUAACAAACUUGGUCUAUCUACCCGCAGUAAUAAAGGAAGUGUUAAGGUUACACCCUCCAAGCCCGCUGUUAUCUUGGGCGCGCCUGGCAAUAACGGACACAACCGUUGAUGGCCACCACAUCCCUCAGGGGACCACAGCCAUGGCCAACAUAUGGGCCAUCAUGCGGGACCCAAAUGUGUGGUCAGACCCACUUGAAUUUAAGCCAGAGAGGUUCGUCAAUUGCAGUACUACCACGGGGGUUGAGAUGGAGUUCUCGAUUUUGGGAUCAGACCUAAGGCUCGCUCCCUUUGGAUCGGGUAGUCGGGUUUGCCCCGGCAAGGCCAUGGGGAUGACCACCGUCAGCUUUUGGGUGGCCUCGCUUUUGCACGAGUUCGAUUGGUUGCCGUUGGAUGAGACGACUGGUGUUAAUCUAACGGAGGUGCUUAAGUUGUCGUGCGAGAUGGCGGAGCCGCUCACUGUUAAGGUGCGCCCAAGGUGCAUAAGAACUUUAUAAGAAAUUGUUCUUCUGAUCAGUAUUUAGAAGUGCUAGGAAAAUCGAAUAAGUUAGAAAUGACUGUGCUUUAGAAAAACCUUCUAAGUACUCUCCCCCUACUAAAAUGCCCUGUCUAGGCUUCUGUUUAUGCUUUUCUAUCAUAGGUUUUUUCUCCCUCUAAUAAUGUCCUUUUUCAUACUUGGCUUUGAAUGUAUCAUAUUGUGCAGUUGUAUAAACAGGGUGAAUGCAAUUGAAGUUUCGGUUCUCUCUC